UCUUUAUAAAGAGCAUAAUCGAACAAACAAAUUCAGUUUAUUUCCUAUUUCUAUCGAUGUUGUUAAGGAAUCAUAAAUAGUUAUAAUUUACUGAAUCUUCAAUAAACAGUGAAAUUGAAAAUAUACAAUCAUGAUCAGAAAUUGGGUGAUCGCUAUCGUAGUGAUAGCAAAUUUUUAUCAAGUAAUAAGUGUAUCAGCUCAAGAUCACAAAAUUCCGACGGAAUGUCCAAAAGUGGAUCCAAUGAAUACCACCGUGCUUCUAUCUCAUGAAACAGAUUGUACAAAAUUUUAUGCUUGUUCUAAUGGAAGAAAGAUACUGAUGGAAUGUCCUAUUAUGGAUGCUUGGGGAAAUAAAUUAUACUUUAAUCCGAAAUUAGAAGUUUGUGAUUGGCCUUGGAAUGCUGGAUGUCAUGUACAUACUACAGAAGUCCCUGAAGUGACAACUACAGAAAUAACUACAACUGAAUCUGAGGAAAAUUCGACAGAAGUAACGACUGAAGCAGCAAUCACGGGGUCGUCACCAAUAACAUUAUCUCCGACUACAACAACACUAAAACCUACAGAAAUUACAUCUCAGCCUUCAACUGAAACAUCACCUACAACUUCAACGACAGCGAAACCCACUGAAGUAACAUCUCAAACUCCAACUGAACCAUCAUCUGCAGCUACGACAAUGAAACCAACUGAAGCAACAUCUACAACUACGACAACGAAACCCACUGAAGCAACAUCUACAACUACGACAGCGAAACCCACUGAAGCAACAUCUCAAGCUCCAGCUGAAGCAACAUCUACAACUACGACAAUGAAACCUACUGAAGCAACAUCUACAACUACGACAGCGAAACCCACUGAAGCAACAUCACAAGCUCCAACUGAAGCAACAUCUACAACUACGACAAUGAAACCCACUGAAGCAACAUCUCAAGCUCCAACUGAAUCAUCGUCCCCAAAAACUACAACAGUGGAACCUACUGAAAUAACAACUCAAGCUCCAACUGAACCAUCAUCUGCAGCUACAACAAUAAUUCCGACUGUGACAUUACCUCCAGCUACAGAACCAUCAGUUUCAACAACAUCAACACAAACUACGCAACCACCUGUAAAUGUUCCAUCAGAGUCUUCUACUAUUCCUGAACUGUCUUCUUCCACACAAAGUACAUCUGAACUCCCAAUAUCUAAUGAAACAACUUCACCACCUUUAACGACAAUACCUACAAUGAUCCCUACAGCUGAUUUUGAAUCUAACGGAACAACAACAACUCGUCUCCCAUCACUUCCUCAAUGCUCUCCUGCUACAGCAGGAGUUCUUUAUCCUCAUGAGUCUGAUUGUUCAUUAUUCUACGAAUGUGUUUUUGGCAAAUAUGUUCUUCGUAAAUGUCCACAAGGCCUUUAUUUCGAUGUUACCCAUCAAACUUGUGUAUGGCCUUGGGAAUCAGAUUGUGUUUCAUCAACUGAACCGCCAACAACUCAAUCAACGGAUCCUCCAACAACGGAACCAACUAAACCUCCAACAACUCAACCACCUAAACCUCCAACAACGGAACCAACUAAACCUCCAACAACUCAACCACCUAUACCUCCAAUAACUCAACCACCUAAACCUCCAACAACUCAACCACCUAUACCUCCAAUAACUCAACCACCUAAACCUCCAACAGCUCAACCAACUGAAUCCCCUACAACUCAACCACCUAAACCUCCAACAACGGAACCAACUAAACCUCCAACAACUCAACCACCUAAACCUCCAACAACGGAACCAACUAAACCUCCAACAACUCAACCACCUAUACCUCCAAUAACUCAACCACCUAAACCUCCAACAGCUCAACCAACUGAAUCCCCUACAACUCAACCACCUAAUCUAUCACCAGUUACAUCUCCUCCAAGUAUAUCCAGUCUUUGUCCAUCAGAUAAUUCGAAAAAUGGAGAGUCUUAUCCACACGAGUGUGUUUGUAGCAAAUUUUAUGUUUGUGGAAACGGAAAAUUAAUUGUAAAGCAGUGUCCUGAUGGCUUAGACUACAAUCCAACACUUCAAGUUUGUGAUUGGCCAAAUCAAGCUGGUUGUAAUACGACCAAUAAUAAGAGUCCUCCAAGUUCUAGUACACCUAGAUUAACAACUUUACCUUCAUCUACACCUUCACUUACUUCGACGACUACUCAACCUCCUCCAACGACUACUCAAAAACCUCCUUCAUCAACUCUAUCAACCACCACCGAAGUGACUCAGAAACCACAAGCUAUAGAGUCGAAAUGCCCUGACGAUAUCUCCAGUAUUAAAAUUCCUCAUGAAGUCAAUUGCGUUAAUUACUACCAAUGCAGUAAAGGCCAGAAAAUACUGAAACAAUGUCCUUCAGGCUUAGAAUUCAAUGCUGAUCUUCGCAUCUGUGACUGGCCCGAAUAUGCUGGAUGCUCUCUAAACCUCAACUUUUCUGCAAAAAAGAAUAAUGUGAUUCAAGUGUCAAAAAGAGCAGUUUUAAAUUCUGACAAUAAUGGCUGUUUAGGUUCUUGUCCAACAUCAGAUCCGAUGGAGUAUUCAGUAUUAUUAGAACAUGAAGAUUGUAGUAGAUUUUGUAAAUGUACUAAUGGUAGGGCUGUAGUUUUUAAUUGUCCACCUGGCUUAGAAUUUAAUUCAGUUGAUGAAACCUGUGAUUUUGCUGAGAUGUCUGGAUGCGAUCGAGAAAAACGACCAGCUGGUGUCUAAAAAUAUGACUAGCAAAUUUAGCAAAUUAUAAAAAAGUUUAAUUAACAACAUUAAUGAUUAUGUAAAUUUUAAAUGUGUACAUAAAAAAAAGAUAGGUCAAAUAAAUUCGAUUAAACAUGAA